AUGAGUGGAGCAACCAAGAACUUUUAUCAGGUAAGUGAGCCGGUUCCUUUCCAUCUUAAAAACAUUCUAUUUUCAGGUCGUCAAAUCGGCUCCAAAAGGCCGUUUCAAGGGAAUCAAGCGCGACUACACCGUCGAAGAUGUGCUCAAACUGCGCGGCUCCAUCGACAUCGACUACACGCUGGCCACGCGCGGAGCCAACAAACUCUGGCAGCUGCUGCACACGGAGCCGUUCGUGCCGGCGCUCGGAGCACAGACCGGAAACCAGGCGGUGCAGAUGGUCCGCGCCGGGCUCAAGGCGAUCUACCUGUCGGGAUGGCAAGUGGCCGCCGACGCGAACUCCGCUGGGGACAUGUACCCGGACCAGUCGUUGUACCCGGCCAACUCGGGACCAGAACUCGCACGUCGCAUUAAUAGAUCGCUGAGAAGAGCCGAUCAGGUACCGUUUCUUUCAUACGCAACAUUUUUGCACAAGUUGGGGGAGUGCAAUUGUAGGAUUGCAAAUCGCAAAUACUUUCCCAUUUCACUCUAGUAUCGUGUACGAAGAAAAGCUCGUUCUAGAUCGAGGCGUGUGAAGCGGAAGACUACCUCGCCCAACGUGACUGGUACGCGCCGAUUGUGGCCGACGCGGAAGCCGGAUUCGGAGGCGCCCUCAACUGCUUCGAGCUGAUGAAGGUGAGUGAUCUCGGAGCAUUUGAAGCCGAGCAGCAGUUGCCAUUCCAUUUGAUGCCCGCUCUGACCACUGGACGCUUUUGGGAGACAUUGGAAGAGUGAUAGUGGACGACAGUUGUCGGGGGGCAAAUGUGUAAGAGGGGAAACGUGUGUAUAGUUGUCGUGUUAGGGAGGGGGUCAAUGUACAAUUUCUACUGACAUUUUUUGUACUUUGAAAAGUUCUAGAAAGCUAGAAAAUCGGGAUUUAGAGCCAGUAAAAGUGUUCAACAAACGAAGCAACAAAAAGUACCUUAGAGCAGUGUAUAGAAUUUUCCCAAUUUUUCAAGUGCACGUCAUAGAAAACAUUCGGUUAUCUCCGCAUUGCAUCGUUUUUGUUCAAACGAAGAGAACGAGAAUUAUUGUCGUCGUCUUUUCUUCUCCCUUUUUUGAUUAGAUAACAACACGUUGGGGCAACCAAAAACAUGAGUUGUUUACAAUAUCGGGCAAUCUUUGACCAACUCUCACACACACAAACCUUGAAACUAUUUUCGGGCGACUAGAAAAGCGAACAAUUUCAGUCGUACAUUGAAGCUGGAGCGGCCGGAGUUCACUACGAAGAUCAGUUGGGAUCGGAGAAGAAAUGCGGACACAUGGGCGGAAAAGUGCUCAUUCCGACGGCCCAGCACAUUCGGCACCUGAAUGCGUCGAGAUUGGCGGCCGACGUGUGCGGAGUGCCGACUAUCAUCGUCGCGCGAACCGACGCGGAAUCAUCGAGACUGCUCACCUCGGACAUUGAUCCGAGAGACCAUCCGUACAUUGACUACGAGUCCGGACGAACUAUCGAAGGAUUCUACCGACUCAAGGACUCGACAGCCAUCCAAUACUGUGUGGAUCGUGCGAUUCAGUACGCUCCCUACUGCGACCUCAUCUGGAUGGAAACGUCGCAUCCGACGAUCGCCGACGCUCGCGAGUUUGCCGAAGGAGUCCGCAAAGUGUAUCCGGACAAGAUGUUCGCCUACAACUGCUCGCCGUCAUUCAACUGGAAGAAGCAUCUCUCGCCGCAACAGAUGGAGAAGUUCCAGAAGGAGUUGGGAGCGAUGGGCUUCAAGUAUCAGUUCAUCACGCUCGCCGGAUUCCACGCCAACAGCUACAGCAUGUUCGAUUUGGCGAGAAACUAUAAGGAGCACGGAAUGCUCGCUUACUCGAGCCUUCAGGAGGGAGAGUUUGCCGCCGAGAAGCAUGGAUAUACGGCGGUGAAGCAUCAGAGAGAAGUCGGCACCGGGUACUUUGACGCCGUGAGUCGGGCGGUCACCGGAGGACUCUCCUCGACCACCGCCCUUUCCGGAUCCACCGAAGAAGCGCAGUUCCAAACCGCCGCUGUUUCUGCCGAGGACGAGGAGAUUUUGUCGUUGACGCCACAGCCGGUGCCUGGAGACGAGAAGAUCCUGACUCCAGACGCGCUCCGCUUCAUCCGCGACCUCAACACCGAGUUUAAUCCACGUCGGCUUCGUCUGCUCUCCAAGAGAAACCAGGUUCAGCAGGACAUCAACUCGUCCGUCUGGUUCCCAGACUUUGACAAGGAAACCGAGGUGCUCCGCUCCGAUUUGAGCUGGAAAGGAGCCGAGAUUCCGAAGGAUCUGCAAGACAGAAGGGUCGAGAUCACCGGGCCGACCGAUCGUAAGAUGGUCAUCAACGCGAUGAACUCGGGCGCCAACGUCUUCAUGGCCGACUUCGAGGACUCGAACUCGCCGACGUGGAGAAACCAGCUGGAGGGACAGAUCAACUUGUACGACGCGGUGCGCAAGAACAUCUCCUACGUGCAUCCGACCACCAAAAAAGAGUACACCCUGAACCCACAGCACGCCGUGCUCAAGGUCCGUCCACGUGGAUGGCAUCUUCCGGAGAAGCACGUGCUGAUCCACAACCAACCGACUUCCGGAUCCCUCUUCGACUUUGGUCUCUUCGUCUUCCACAACGCCAAGGCGCUGAUCGCGCAGGGCUCCGGACCAUACUUCUAUCUGCCAAAGCUGCAGAGCGCCGAGGAGGCUCAAUUGUGGGCCGACGUGUUCAAGUUCACCGAGGACAAGCUCGGACUCGCGCGCGGAACCAUCAAGUGCACCGUGCUCAUCGAGCACCUUCUCGCCAGUUUCCAGCUCCACGAGAUCAUCCACUCGCUCAAGGACCACAUUGUCGGACUGAACUGCGGACGCUGGGACUACAUCUUCUCCUACAUCAAGACGUUCCAGAGCCACCGAAAGUUCCUCCUUCCGGAUCGAUUCCAGAUCGGAAUGACUGCUCCGUUCAUGCGCAACUACUCUCUCGAGGUGAUCAAGGCGUGCCAUCAACGUGGAAUCCACGCGAUGGGCGGAAUGGCCGCGCAGAUUCCGAUCAAGCACGAUCAGGUGGCCAACGACAAGGCAUUCGCGCUGGUCCGAGCCGACAAGGAGCGAGAGGUGACCGACGGACACGACGGAACCUGGGUCGCCCAUCCGGGACUCGUUCCCCUGGCCAAGGGCGUCUUCGACCACAUGAUGCCGAAACCGAACCAGGUCAACAAGAUUUUGUCGCGCUCGCCCAUCACCAAAGAGGACCUGACCGUGAUUCCAGAAGGAUCCCGCACCGAGCAAGGAUUCAGACACAACAUCUCUGUCACUCUUGGUAAGAAGUUUAACCAUUCGAAAAGCUAACCUUCAACUUUAACCGUUUGCAGGCUACCUGGACUCGUGGCUCCGCGGAACCGGCUGUGUGCCCCUCUACAACCUGAUGGAGGACGCCGCGACGGCCGAGAUCUCUCGCGCGCAGCUCUGGCAAUGGUUGCACCACGACGCGAAGCUCGAGGACGGUCGCACCAUCGACGACGGUCUCGUGAAGCAGACGAUCGCCGCCGAAGCGGAACGCCGUCUCAUCCGCGCCGGAUCCGUCGUCAACCGCAUUCCGGAGGCCGCCGAGCUGCUCGAGAAGUUUGUCACCGAGGAGAAACUCAGCGACUUCUUGACGAUUGACGCCUACGACAGACUCGUCUCCGAAGGAUAUUAG